AUGAUACCCGAGAACUACCGAGAAUUUAUAAUAGGCGAUGUACCCAGAGGAGUGGAACAUUUGUCAGUGACCAUUCGGCUUGCCGGUGCUGCACAUCAACUCAUUCUGCAAGAGACAUUCUCUUUUUCUGCAGCAAAUAAAAUCAGAAUGUCUAAGCAAUUGUUCAUUGGCUUGGUAUUGGCGGUAGUGGCUUCUGUUCACUGCUCCUUAGUUGCUGAUGACACUAAAUGUUCCAAAAUUUGUGAGUGCACACAACCUCAGACAGACUGUGCCUAUAUUCGCUACUACACAUCUGUCGACUGUAAUUGCUGCAAAUUAUGCAAUUAUGAAGCACUCAUUAAAGAUUCAGAUGAUGAAGUAAAAGCAACUCUCAUGGGGGUGGUGGAUCGUAAUGUUGACUGUAAGAAUCUGACCCUCAUCAGCAAUGUAUUUCAAAUUGGAAACUUCACCACGUGUCCAAGCAAAAAUAUGAAUCACAGUUCUGGCGAAAGCGAGCAGGUAACCCAGUCAACUACAUCAAUUAAUGAAACCUAUCUUCACAGCAAUUCAUCAGAAGAUGACGUUCUCACAAUUCUCAUCUCCUUUGUACAAAGAGAAAAUAAUGCAAGUGAGCAAAUAUUUGCAUUUAAAGGAGCUUUAAAUGAUAAUUUAGAUUUUUUUAUUGUGAACAGUGGCAAAUCUCACUGUGAAAAAUGUAAGAGCCUUAAUAUUUCAUCAACCAACAGAAAACCUCACGGCAAAGUGGGACAUUCUUCCUUGCUCACUCCAUCGCUGAGAUUAGUUAUUUCAAUUUUAGUGGCUUUUGGUCUUUUUUCAGGAUUUCUUCUGUAUGCUAUGAAAGGAUUAUUUGAUUCUUGCUCUUUCCUUUUUAUAUAAUCGGUUGAAACGAU